GGAAGAGGAGGAGGAGGAAAGAGAGAAGGAGGAGAAAAAGGAGGAAGAGAAGAAGGAGGAGGAGGGGGUAGGGGAAAGGGAGAGAAAGGAAUGGGAAGAAUCCUGCCCCUAUAGGAGUCUGGCUGGCUGGGCAUUGGGGAGCUGGUCCAGGUGUUUGGGGAAGACUGCGGCCUCCAUAUUCAUCUGCCAGACUCCUUUGGCACAGAUGUGUUGGCAUCUACUUUAUCUAUGCUAAGUACUUCAUGCUAAGUGCAUGCAGCAGAGCCAGGUCACACGAGGUGUCUGUUCUCAUGGGAUGCUAAGUGCAGUGCAGAGUGUGAGUAGGCCCCUGUGAUCGGGAGGGUGGGGACAAGCUGCUCCCCCCAACAUGAGGAUGGCCUGAGUUAUGCCAAGUCAGUCCAGAACUGUAAGGGGUCAGCUUGCAGCAGUCAAAAGAGCAUUCUGGACAGAGGGGACAAAGCACAGAGGGCCUUAGGGUAGUGUCUGUGGAGCAAACAGAAGACCAGUAUGGUUGGCAUAGGAUGGGCGAACCGGCUACAGAGGGAAGACGGUGAGCAGAUGACAUCGGAAAGAGACACAGACCAGAUCUGCCCAGAGAGGCCCUUCUUUGGGUUUGGAUUUUCAUCCCUGUGUGAGUUUGUUGCUAGUAGGUGUUCUGUUGAUGUGCGCUGGAGAUGAGUGGGACCGUUUCUGACCGUUUGCCGAGUCCGUUUUCUCGAGUGUUCUCCUCCCCUCUCCAACCCCCCACAGCCUCCUAAACCAUGGCAGCUCAGUGCACUAUUCUGACCGUCCUAGUGUUGCUCGGCUCAACCAGAGCGGGCUCUUUCUCUCCUCGGUCCAAUGUGACGCUCCAGGCACCACGGCCCCCUUUCCAGCCGGGUGGUCGGUCCUCUCAACUCUUUGAGAAAACCGUGGAAGGCGGAGAGAAGCCGGUGGUGUUCACCCACCUGCCUCCGUCAGCUGGCUGUGGGUGUCCCCCGGGCUCUGAACGCUGGGUGCCUGCUUCAGAGGUGCAGGCCCUGAGGGACCAGCUGGAGGUCCUGGAGGAGCUGGUAAAGGGCCUUAAGGAACACUGCUCAGGAGCAUGCUGUCCCACGGCGGCCCAGGCUGGUACAGGCCAGACGGACAUGCGCAGUCUCUGCAGCCUCCAUGGUGUCUUUGACCUGAGCCGCUGCGCCUGUUCCUGUGAGCCUGGCUGGGGUGGACCCACCUGCUCAGACCCUACAGACACAAAGAUGCCCACUUCGUCGCCGCCCUCAGCCUCUAGGGCUGAGAUUGUAGUAAUGGAGUCCCCUCACAAGGAGGCGAAUCUACUGUCUCCUGAGCACAUAUGGCUUUUUCGUCACCCCCCAAUUCCUUCCUAAGCACGUUCCAAAUAGCAAAUGCUGUAGGGGGCUCGCCUAAUCCUCCAGUCUCUGAAAACCAGCUUUUAAUAUCUAACCCCACCUUCUCCCAUGUAUCCACAUCCAAACUUCCCCUUUCUGGGAACCAGGGACUGACUGUUUGUAUAAACUGAAGAAAGUCAGUCAGCUGGCUAGUGCUAACCUUAAUGCCCUUUUUUCUUAAGAGUAUAUUUAAUAAAGUCUGU